GUAUAGGAAUGGGAAUAGGAAUGGGGAAACCAUCUCGAAGAAUAAACGUUGGAAAAUCGGCCAUUCCAAACUUUUAAAUAAGUCGAGAGGGAGAUGGGAAGAAGCGCUUUUUAUGCUUCUGCACAAUCUUAUACAUGCACGUACGCGUGCGAAAGAACGAUUAACGGAUGGUUAGCUACAUUGAAGAGGGGGAAGAAAAUCACCUGACUUGGUCAUACAAAAAAGUUAUUUACUCAUAAAAAUAUUCCAGUAGAGGCCAGGCGCCACAUUCGUUCCCGAGGGGACUCAGAAAUAUGCCUUAACGAUAAGAGGAGGAAAGUACAUACUUCAGCAUUAUGAUGAAAAGCUAUUUAUCGGAGGAAGAUAAAUUGAAGUUAACCAUAAAAAAAAACUACUUGGAGAGAGAUGCCAUUAAAACGAAAAUUUUGAACUACCUAAAUAGGUUGUCGUACCUCUGCUCAGAUGACAAGGAUGAGCUUAACAGAAGGGAAAGACAGAAGUGGGGAUUCUUCGGGGAGAACUUGGAGUACUUCCCCGAAUUCAGGGUAGAGAAGCGGCCCAAGCUAGAGGAAGACGAAACGACGGUGACGAGAAACAGGAGGCUUCUGCAGGUGGGGCUGUUUGAGCACCUGAAAAAAGCCAAGGAUGCCCUGGAGCAAGAAAAAAACAACGAAACGGUUAUCAGGCAACAAAUGCAAAAUAAAAGAGUGGAACAAAAAUUACAGGAAGAAAAAAAAAACUCAGAAAAAUACCAACUUGACGAAAUAGAAAAAAAAAUAAUUGCACAUAUAAAGGAAAUGAAAAAUGUGGACUCUCAUAUAAAAACAGACGAAGCAAAAUUGAUGAAAUUGAGCCUAAUUAAUCAUUAUGAGAAAAUGAAGAAUUUCAUAAGCACGAAUUGCCAGCCAACCAUUUUCUGGUGCCCCUUUAAAUUUAACUCCAGGACAGAAAUGCUGCAAAAGGAGACGGACAAUUUUAUUAAAAAAAAAAUCGACGCGAUUAAGGAAUCCAAUUAUGAGGUGGACUUUGAGGAGGAGCCUUGGUUGCGCCAGUUUCGGAACUUGAAGGAAAUCCUGCGCAGGCGCAACAGCGGAGGGAAAGAAGGCGCGGUAGAGAGGGGGGCCAAGGGAGCGGUGGACCACGCAGGUGAGGCAGGCAAGGAGGGCAAGGAAGAUGAGAAAAACGAGGAAGGCGAGGAAGAGAAGAAAGAGGAGGAAAACGAGGAGGACGAAGAAGCCAAGGAAAACGACGAAGCCAAGGAAAACGACGAAGCCAAGGAAGAGGACGAAAACGAGGAAGACGAAGAAGCCAAGGAAAACGACGAAGACGUGGCGGGAAAGAAAUCCCCCAGCGGAAGCCACUACACCGAUGAGAAAGAGAAAGACACGCAGGGCACCCCCAAGAAAAGCAGCAGCAACGACUCCGACGUGAACACCCUCCAAAAGGGUAACGCCUGCCCAGGAGGGGGUAGUAAAAGCAGCGACGAAUUUUACCCGGACAGCACCGGCGAUGAGGACUUGAAAGGUAAGGAGGCGCGCGAGGCGAAUGGCGCGGAUGGAGCAGGUGAGUCGAGCGAGGCGAACGUGACGAACGAAACGAGCGAGGCGAAUGUAACGAACGAAACGAACGAAGCGAAUGUAACGAACGAAACGAACGAAGCGAAUGUAACGAACGAAACGAACGAAGCGAAUGUAACGAACGAAACGAACGAAGCGAAUGUGACGAACGAAACGAACGAAGCAAAUGUGACGAACGAAACGAUCGAGGACAAUGACGCCCCCGGGGAAGACGCGGACGCGGUUGAGAAAAAUGCCGGGAAAAAAAGAAGGGGGAGGCCCAAAAGAAAGGGGAGGUGA